AUGGUGUCUAACCCAGUGCAUGGCCUGCCUUUUCUCCCAGGCACGUCCUUUAAGGACUUAACGAAAACAGCAUUUCAUAGAAGCCAGACGCUGGGCUAUAGGAAUGGCUAUGCAGUUGUUCGGCGUCCAACAGUUGGGAUUGGCGGGGACAGGCUCCAGGUCAACCAGCUGUCCCAGGCUGAUCUGGACGAGCUGGCCAGCAAAGUCCCAAUCCUCACGUAUGGCCAGCCCAGGCAGGCCCCACCCGCACAGUUUGUUCCUGCUCAUGUGGCUUUCGACAAAAAGGUGCUUAAAUUUGAUGCCUAUUUCCAAGAAGAUGUUCCUAUGUCAACUGAGGAACAUUACAGGAUCCGCCAAGUGCACAUUUACUACUAUCUGGAAGAUGACAGCAUGUCUGUCAUAGAGCCUAUUGUGGAAAACUCUGGGAUCCCUCAAGGAAAGUUAAUCAAACGCCAGUGCCUUGCCAAGAAUGACCGGGGAGACCAUUACCAUUGGAAAGACCUAAACCGAGGAAUAAACAUCACAAUUUAUGGCAAAACUUUCCGCAUUGUUGACUGUGACAAGUUCACACAGGUAUUUUUGGAAAGUCAGGGAAUUGAGCUAAAUCCCCCAGAGAAGAUGGCGCUCGAUCCUUACACUGAACUCCGGAAACAGCCUCUCCGUAAAUAUGUGACCCCAACGGACUUUGACCAACUCAAGCAGUUUCUCACCUUUGACAAACAGGUUCUUCGAUUCUAUGCCAUCUGGGAUGACACAGACAGCAUGUUCGGGGAGUGUCGAACCUACAUCAUUCACUACUAUCUUAUGGAUGACACGGUGGAAAUUCGAGAGGUCCAUGAACGAAAUGAUGGGCGAGAUCCCUUCCCCCUCCUGAUGAACCGCCAGCGCAUGCCCAAGGUUUUGGUGGAGAAUGCAAAGAACUUCCCUCAGUGCGUGCUGGAGAUCUCUGAUAAGGAGGUGUUGGAAUGGUACACGGCCAAAGACUUCAUCGUUGGGAAGCCGCUCACUAUACUCGGGAGAACUUUCUUCAUUUAUGAUUGUGAUCCAUUUACUCGGCAGUAUUACCAAGAAAAAUUUGGAAUCUCUGAUUUACCACGCAUUGAUAUGAGCAAGAAGGAACCACCUCCUAUGAAACAGGAGUUGCCUCCCUAUAAUGGCUUUGGCCUAAUUGAAGACUCUGCUCAAAAUUGCUUUGCUCUCAUUCCAAAAGCUCCCAAAAAAGAUGUUAUUAAGAUGCUGAUGAACGAGAACAAGGUGCUUCGUUAUUUGGCCACAGUGGAAUCCCCCAUCCCAGAAGACAAAGACCGCCGGUUUGUCUUGUCUUAUUUUCUAGCCACUGACAUGAUCAGUAUCUUUGAGCCUCCUGUUCGAAAUUCUGGUAUCAUUGGGGGCAAGUAUCUCGGCAGAACUAAAGUUGUCAAACCAGGUUCCUCAGUGGAAAACCCUGUCUACUAUGGCCCCAGUGACUUCUUCAUUGGUGCUGUGAUUGAGGUGUUUGGCCGCCGGUUCGUCAUCCUUGAUACAGAUGAUUACGUUUUGAAAUACAUGGAGAGCAAUGCUGCCCAGUAUUCACCAGAAGCACUCCUGUCGAUUCAGAACUGCAUUCGAAAGCAAGAGGCUCCUGCACCAGAAUUGGAUGGCCAGCAAGCAGAAGAGGACCCGGGGGUGCAGGACAUGGAGGCCCUGAUAGACACGAUCCAGAAGCAACUGAAAGAUCGCCCAUGCAGGGACAACAUCCGCGAGGCCUUUCAGAUCUAUGACAAGGAAGCUUCAGGAUACGUGGACAGGGAGACGUUCUUUAAAAUCUGUGGCUCUUACCAGCUCCCAGUUGAUGACUCCUUGAUUAAGGAGCUCAUCAGGAUGUGCUCUCAUGGAGAAGACAAGAUCGACUACUAUAACUUCGUCCGUGCUUUCUCCAACUGA